AUGGUUUCUCAGGCCCCGCCCAAUGAUCCCUGCCUAGAAUGUCGAUGGGAAGGCUUCCACAUCGACCCAAAAACGGAGAAGGCGCCAUCGCUUCACCCGCCCGAGGCUCAAUGGAGCUGUUCUGAUGUCGAGCAUCACGCUUCGCUCGCUGAAUGCGGGACAGAUGAAGUUUGUUGCGAGGCAGACAACUGUACGGAUGACUGCGAUAGGGACUGUGACUCGGUCUGCGAUGGUUACGUGGAUUGCGGUGCUUCGACAACAUGUUCUGUAGCAGAUUGUGACGAAACCCACUGCGAAAAUGCAGAGCCUGUCUGCUUCGACAAUCACUGUUGCGAAGACGAAGUCGAUCCAAACUGCACCUUUGAAUCUAUUCUCGGCAUCCCCCCGUCCAUGUUUGACCCCACACAUUUCUUACCGACUGCAACAACCAUGCAUUGCAAUGCCGGUGAAUUAGGAAAACCUGUUGCCGAGACCUUGCCGAUCAACAUUGACCAAUGUUCGCAAUUUGAAUUUUUGUCGUCGUAUCAGGCCCAUGCUACGCAAUGCGAACAACAUGUCCAAAAUCACCUCGGCUGCCAAGACUUUCAGAAGGAUUGGCAAGGGAUGUUCAAUCAUCAAACACAACCUUUGCCCCAACAACUACACAUUGAUCCCACCGACCUUUAUCAAAUACUGGGUGGGAGCCAUGACUUUGGAGUCUGUCAUAGCUCUCAUCUCGACAUCACUCAUCAUGAACAUCCCAUUCCGGACACAUUCGGGCAUUUCAACCACGAGCCUCUUGCCUGUCCAGGACAUGAACACCAUCACUUAUCAGCUGAAUUCAAAAAUCCGAACCAUUUUGAUCUGCAUGUUCACGGUCCCCAUCGCACUCAGCAUCGCUGCCGCAGCCACCACCAUCACCAGGCUCAUCCAUACUCGCCUUAUUCUCGACAUUCACGAUCCGGUGUCAGCUCGCAUUUUAUGUCGAGCCCCAGAGACACGCCUCCACCCCUGGAAAAAGAUCGAUCCUCGGUCCUCACGACACCCGAGGAAUCUGCGGAAGACAAAACCAUCCAUCAAUGCAAAUGGAUGACCUCGAUCAAUGGGGUCGAAGUGCCGUGCGGGGCUGUUUUCGCCGACUCUGGCGCGCUUCAAGAUCAUUUGGUCGCCGAGCAUACGAAUACUAUCGCUGGUGCCAGGGGCAAAGGCUACUACUGCCGCUGGCAAGGGUGUUAUCGGCCCGAUGAAGCUUUCUCGCAAAAGUCCAAGUUGCAGGGCCAUUUUUUGACGCACAGUAAUCAUAAAAGUUUCAAGUGCUCUGUCUGCGGGAAGACCUUUGCCAGACAAGCAACGCUAGACCGCCAUGAGCGAAGUCAUCGUGGCGACAAACCAUAUAGGUGCAAGACUUGCGGGAAAACAUUUACUGAUAGCAGUGAAUUGAGUAAGUCCUUUCUGCAGGUUCACAUGUGGCCCAUGUCUCUAUUGCUAAUGAUUGUAGAAACACAUUCACGGAUCCAUACCGGAGAGAAGCCAUUCAAAUGUACAUUUCCCGGGUGCAAUUUCGAGACUGGUGAUGUGAGUGAAUUUGCUGUGAUUUUUUUCCGCGUCUUGAGUAGAGACUGA